CACCAGGCGUCCUCGACAUCAACAACCACGCCGAGCAAGCAUGCGUUCACUCAGCGCGUGCAGGAUGUUCGAUGCCCCAAGAGUGACAUCAACGCAUUGAUCCUGGACUACUUGACCAUGGAAGGCUAUUCCAUGGCUGCUGCCAAGUUCUCAAAGGAAGCCAACCUGCAACCCCAGCAGGAUGAUGCGUCGAUUCGAUCACGGCAAGAGAUCCAGCACUAUAUUCAUAUAGGGAAUUUCGAAGCCGCUAUCGAGUCCUUGAACGAGUAUGACCCCGCGAUUCUUGAUGAAGAUGAGUCGUUGCAUUUUGCGCUUCUGCGACUGCAGCUGGUUGAACUCAUCAGGGUCUGCAAUGGUGACGGCGGUGACAUCACAGAAGCCCUAAAAUUUGCUCAGGAGCAUCUUGGUCCUCGUGCACCUGUUAACCCUCAAUUCCUGGAGGACCUAGAAAAGACAAUGGCCCUGCUUCUUAUUCCACAGGAGUCUCUUGAACCUCCAUUGGCUGCUCUGCUCGACCCCUCGAUUCGACGGGAAACUGCCGAUCGAGUAAAUCGGGCUAUCAUGGAGAGGCAGUCUAGAAGAGUUAUAGCCGGAAUCCGCAAUCUUGUGAAAAUGCGAUGCUGGGCCGAGAACACAGCUCGAGAUUCGGGAGUUCCUCUUCCUGACAACAUUGAUAUUGGCCUGCAUGGAGAUGAUUCUGAUUCGCUCUCCAACUCCCUUACCCACUCGGAGAAUGGACGCCACUUCGAUAAUGGAACACAUCAUGAGAAUGGCCAUGAGCCUAUGAUUACGACC